UACGACACAAAAUCAACUUUACUUCUGCUCUCACUCUAUUUAAAAUCCAGCCCUCAUCUCUCCCCCUUUUGAUAUCCUCAACUUCCGACACGAACAAUAACAUAGAGAAAAACCAUAAAACUACAUAUCCAUGGCCACUGUCACCUCUGCAGCUGUUGCCAUCCCAUCAUUCACCGGCCUAAAAGUGGCCGGUGCAGCUAAAGUCGAUGGCACUGCUAAAGUAUCAGCCUCUCCAGUCCCAAGGCUCAGCGUUAAGGCCUCACUCAAGGAUGUGGGUAUUACUGUUGCGGCCACGGCAGCAAGUGCGCUGCUUGCUAGCAAUGCAAUGGCCUUAGAGGUCUUGCUUGGUGGUGAUGACGGGUCGUUGGCUUUCGUUCCUAACAGUUUCAGCGUGAGCGCAGGGGAGAAGAUAGUGUUCAAGAACAAUGCCGGUUUCCCCCACAACGUUAUAUUCGACGAGGAUGAAGUUCCCGGCGGUGUUGACGCGGGGAAGAUCUCCAUGUCCGAGGAGGAUCUCCUCAAUGCCCCAGGAGAGGUAUACGCAGUGACCUUGACUGAAAAGGGUAGCUACUCGUUCUAUUGUUCCCCUCACCAGGGAGCUGGUAUGGUGGGAAAAGUGACCGUCAAUUAAAUUUGCUUAGUAAUCGGUGUUGAGAAGUGACGGAAUUUAUGUAGUGAAACUUGUUUUGCAUUUUCUUCAAGUGAGAUAUUGUUAGAUUUGUGGUGCA